CUUAAUCUCACCAGGCCAACCAUCCAUGAAAGGUCGAAGGUGAUAGUGCUUGUCAAUUCAGCUUUGCAAGAAACAGAUAUGCGAGAUACGAUUAGGGACACAUGGGCUAAUCCCGCAUUUUCGCAACUAGUAAAGGUCGUUAACAAGCUGGUCUCCGUGGUGUUCUUAGUUGGUAGUGGUAAUGUAAAUUAUUCAGUAAGGAGUGAACUGACGACAGCCGAUGACGUACUACAAGUGGAUGUGCCCGAGUCUUAUCCGAAUCUUGUAUAUAAGAUUCUCGCAGCGUAUCUUUGGAUCUAUGAAAAUUACCCAGAAAAAUUUGUGCUCAAGAUGGAUUCGGACACAGUCAUCUUGAUGGAUAAGAUUGAGCCUCUUCUCGUAAAUUCUACUACGAAGAACAUGCAGUGUUAUGCUAUCAUCAAGGCUAAGCCCGAACGAUGUGCUAGUAAUCGGUGGUACGUGCCAGAAUCUGUGUAUCCAGCACCGUACUUCCCAGAUUACUGUAGCGGUCCUGCGUAUCUGAUGACUCCUGUGGCUUUGGAUGCCAUACUGCAUAUUGCUCCUAAGGAGCAGGUAUGA